UUGAUAAAUGCCUAAGAUUCUUCACGAGUUUAGGGUUAAUCCAACAAUUAAGAGACACGGAUAUAAAUUAUAGAAAUUUCCGUUUAUAGUAUUUAGCGUACCACUAGCGAUCAGCCUGUGGAAGGAGAAUUCAAUUAAUUAAUUAAAUAAUAUGGCACUUGAUAGCUUUAUGCUUUGUUCAUAAGUUAUUUAUAAGCGUGUUUUCAAAAUACCGCUAGCUUAAUUAGCAAACAGGCUAAAGGUAGACAAUUAAUGCUAGAACCAAAAGGCAGAAUGAUGGCUAUGGGAGAAGCUCUGUACUUAAAGAUGACAGAUAAAAACUAAUGGGUGAAAUGGCUGUCUUAAAAGCCACCUUGGAAAUACUUUGUGUUGUAGGGAGCUUGGUUGUGUGCCUCAAUAGUCUGAAUACCUGCCGGUUUGAAACAUGCUAUGAGAGAGACACUGGUAGGGCUACUCCGUGCGUGCCUUUUACCUCGUUCAUGUCGCUUACAAGAAAUGUGACAACCUCCAAUACAUGUGGGACGACUAGAGCUAAAUAUUGUGAGCUGCCUGGACCAGAGCCUUGCUAUUAUUGUGAUGCUAACAGCAGCAACAGCAAUGAACAUCAUCCUGUCACAAACCUUGUAGACAAUGAACUUGUGUUGCCUUUUUACGCACAGAAAUAUACCUGGUGGCAGUCUCAGACGUGGUGGGAGACCAACCAGCUUGGGUUAUCAAGCAUAGAAAACCCACCAAAAGUCAAUAUAACUUUGUCGUUUGGCAAGAGAUAUCAGCUCUCUGGCCAUAUCAAGGCAACAUUUUAUAGCAAGCGACCAAAAGCCAUGUGCUUUGACAAGUCGAAUGAUUUUGGUCAUACCUGGGAAACUUUGCUGUGCUAUGCCUGGCGAUGUGAUCGGUUCUAUAAUAUGGAGCCCCAGUCCAACCCAGACCCAGCCAACCCAUUCAAGCUGUACUGUACGGAAGAAUACAGUGGCCAUGAGCCAAGAAAACUAGGAAUAGUUGAGUUUAUAGCCUCCAAGAGGUAUGAAAUUUGUGAUUAUUUUAAUCCAGAAGUCCAGGAUUACCUAUCUGUUACAGACGUCCGCUUGCGACUUGAAUACCCGGCUUCUGAUGGCAUGGAGCUGUUGUACCAAGAUGAACAAACGCUGAAUAAGUUGUACUAUGCUAUAUCUAAUGUGGAGGUGACAGGCCGAUGUAGUUGUCAUGGACAUGCUAUGGGGUGCAGUGGGCCGAUAAUGAGUAGAAGGUGUGAAUGUGAGCAUAAUACGAUGGGUACAGACUGUGAAAUGUGUAAGCCACUUUUUAACAAUCGUCCGUGGAUGAGAGCCAACCAAACACAUGGGAAUGAAUGUCAAGAGUGUAACUGCAAUAAUCACGCCACAUCGUGUGUGUACAAUGAAACCCUCGGGUAUGGUCUGUGUAAGGGAUGCCAGCACAAUACUCAAGGAGACCACUGCCAAAACUGCACAGCCAAGCAUUACAGAGACCUCUCCAAGCCCAUCAACCAUGUUAAUGCAUGUCUGGCAUGUGACUGUUUCCCCCAAGGGAUCACCAACAAUGGCUCCUGUCUAACCCAAGCCACAGAUACAGAACAGAUUGGACAGUGUUCAUGCAAGCCGAAUGUAUACGGUCGGCGCUGUGACCAGUGUAUACCAGGUCACUGGGGAUUCACUCUACCACCACAGGGAGAAUGCAAAGCCUGUAACUGCAAUAUCUCUGGUACAAGGAAUGCAACUAUCAACUGUGACCAGCUCACUGGCCAGUGUUUCUGCAAGCCAUCCAUCCAGGGCGUGUACUGUGAUGGGUGCCGAGAUGGCUUUCAUACUUUCCCUACCCAAGGUGAUGGAGGGUGCGCACCAUGUCAGUGUGAUCUUGGAGGGGGAUUUUCCAUCUGUGACAAAUCUUCAGGCUCAUGUACUUGCCGUAAAGGAGUGGAAGGCUUCAGCUGUAAACAGGCGCUCCAUGGGACCUUCUACCCUGCUUUAGACUAUUUACUACACGAAGCAGAAACCACUGGUAUCAGUGCCACGACCAUCACCCCAGCUACUGGCUUUGGGUCUGAAUUCACAGGGCAUGGUUAUUCCCAAUUAGUUUCUGGUCGACCGUUUGUGUUCCACAAUAUUCAGGUACCAGUGGAACACCAAUACUACCUGGUCCUCCGAUACACCACGUCCAGUCACUGCAACGACGCACAGGGUGCAAGGGUGUCCCUUACAGUAGAUGGCUUGGUCCCCAAACUUCAGACACCUUUUACCAGUGUCAAUCUAGGGACUGGACAAGCUAUGGUUGUACUUUUACCAGGAUCAUUGAUUCCUGGGAAAAGUUACAAUGUGACUGUCACAUAUCUUGGUAACAAUGAGUGUCAGUUUGGGCUGGACUCUCUGGUUAUGGUACCAGACGUCAACAGCACUAGAGUCUUUCAACUAUCAGGUCCAGGAACUCCUGGUGUUUUGCAAGAUUGCGUUAAUUCCAGGAUAGCAAUGUCCAGGAUAAAUACAGAGAAUCCUCAGUGCCGCGCCCUGGUGUUUUCUGCCAGUACGGAGCUCUACAAUGGCACUAAAGUUUGUGAAUGUGACCCCGAGGGCAGUACCAACCCCACCCAGUGUGUGGCAUAUGGCGGACAGUGCCCUUGCAAGCCAGGCGUGGCAGGUCUCAAGUGUAACCACUGCUUGCCAGGGUACUAUGCCCUCAGCAGGUCCGGCUGUAAAAAGUGUGAGUGCUCGAUGUCUGGCUCAAUAACCCCCAUCUGCGACAAUGCCGAUGGAAAAUGCCAGUGCAAGGCCAAUGUAGAGGGUGCUAAGUGUGAUGCGUGCAAGUAUGGGACGUUCCACCUUGACAGUGGUAACCCCCAUGGGUGCCAGCACUGCUUUGGCUAUGGCCACGCCCAUAACUGUACGUCCGCCUCUGGUUUCAUUGCUACCAACAUCACAAGUAACUUUAUCACAGGAUCAGAUGGCUGGACAGUAGUUGACUACUCUGGGAUACCUGUGGCUAACGUGACGUCACUUCCUGGCAAUGGCCUGUUGGUUACUCCUCUUGUGUCGUCACAUGAACUCUUCCUGGUCGCACCUCAGAAGUUCCUGGGCAACCAAUUGUACUCUUACAGACAAAAACUCCAUGUCAGUAUGGAGGUUCUCAAUUCGGCUAUGCGCGCACGCCGCUCCAUCCAACCAGACGCCAGCAAGAUGACGGCAAUUCUACUCAGCGGCAACAGGAACGUCACGCUACAGGCCGACGUCACGACAGGCCACGUGACCUUAGAUGAGACACACAUGGUCACUCCAUCGCUGACCCCAUACCAGUUCCAGUCCCUCCUCACCAACCUCAGCGGGCUGUGGAUCCGCGCCUUGUACCACCCCCAUCCUGACGGGAGCGUGAGAUUCCAGGGGGUAUCCCUGGGGAGUGCUAAGGCGCGCGGAGGGGGUGAGGUGGCUGGGUUUGUUGAGAGGGCUGAGUGUCACAGGAACUACACUGGUCUCUCGUGUGAGGUCUGUGCCGAAGGUUAUACUCGCCAGCCAAUGGGCGGAACUCCAUUCGACCGUUGUGUCCUGUGUUCCUGUAAUGACCGUAGCAGGUUUUGUCACCCAGAAACAGGAGUCUGCACCGACUGCAAGAUCGGCACCCAUGGAUACCGAUGUGAACUGUGCACCAAUAACGUGCAGGGACCAGAGUGCGUCCGGUGCAAGCCCCAGUACUGGGGUCUUUCUAAAGAUGGCUGUAAAGCUUGUGACUGCAAUCUUCCCGGGACCCUGUACAGCAACACGUCCGUGUGUGACCAGACGACGGGACAAUGUUCAUGUAACGCAACCUUGCACAUCGGUGGCCAGUUGUGUGACAGAUGUGAGGAGAACGCAUACAACAAGUCUGAUAGCUUGUUCGACUGUCACGAAUGCCCUUCGUGCUAUGCGUACAUACAGACCGACGUGCGCCAAAUUCGGACCGUCGUGGCUAGGCUCCAGGCCCUCACCUAUACGAUCCACAGCUCACCCGUCAUACAGAGUAACAAGCCCUUCGCCCUCAGGCUGAACGAAUCAAUAGACGAGGUCUCUGCGCUAGUCAACAAAUCCUCUCGCGCCGCUGCCACCGAGAGAGACCUGGAUCGAGCGCUGGCUGUGCUGGCUGGUGAUAUCAGUAGAGUGUUCAAUAGAACGCGUGACACACUAAGAGUACAGGUCAAUAACUCGCUGGAGGUGGGAGUGCGAGUUGCCGCUGACCAUGAUAUGUUAAGAGAGCACGUGACUAAGGUGGCGGCUCAUGUACGAAGUGGUUAUAGCACGUUGCAUGACAGCGUUCGCGCUAAGAUCAACCGGCUACUACAGCAUGUUAAUAAUCUCGAGCAACAGUCCACGGAAAUAGCCAACUUGACAUCUACUGCGCAUGACCAUGUAAACCGAACACUCCGGGCGAAUGUGACCAUACAAGAGCGAGCCUUGGCCGCGAUCAGCAAGGCAGCGGAAGCCUCCAUCAGCGCAAGCGCAGUGCAGACAGCAGCCGCUGACCUUCAUGCAUGGCUCCCGGCGUUCCUUGCGAACGUGACACGCACGGUCGAGCUUGGUAACCGCACCUUGUCGAUGGGGGAGGCCAGGUUACGUAAUGCGCUUGACGUCUUGCGUGAGGCGGAAAAUGUGACGUUACUAGCGAGUCAACCUAUCCCGGAUAACUCUAAGGCCCUUAACGAAGUCAAGAGCCACACGUCCAAGGUACUGAGUGAGAUCGCCGCCUACUCGGCUCAGGCCUCAACCCUCUUCAACUCCAGUCUCUUGGCCAUUGCUCGUGUCCACGCGGCCGUGAGGAGUGCUAGGGAGCUGGACGCUAGAGUGCGAGGCCUGGUGCGGAACGCCACAGAAACAAGGAGCUUAUUGCUCAGAGCAGCUGCUGGCGUUGACGUUGCCAUUGCAAAUGCCAGCGAGAUCCACCGUGAAGCCAACAAAGUGCUCGGCCUACUGCAAGACUUCAGCGGUGCUGCGUCAGAGGCGCAGGCGCGCGCCAACCAGUCACUUAUCCGAGCACGCGAAGUAGAGAUUCUGAGUCAGCAGUGUAUAAAUAAUGUGUCAGCUGUUAAUCAAUCUACACAUGCGGCUGUGUUACUGGCGCGAGACGCCGCUGGGCAUGGAGAGGAGGUUACUAAGCUUGCUAGACAGGAACAAGAGGUAAUUAACGAAACUCAUAUCCGUGCCCGCAAUCUCAUAGCCCAGACCAAGUCAGCAGAAGACCUCAUCGCCAACCAAACUGUGCGCGAUUUUAUCCGCCGCAAGAUUGAGCCUGUCCAAGACACGUGUCAAAAUCUGAGCCGUGCUGCGCAUGUUGCAGCCAACCAGGCAAACGCAUCUCUCGCGCAGGCGCAGAACGCCAACACGACGGCGCACGAACAGCGCAUGCGCGUGGGACAGCUUCUUAAUCAGAGCUCAAAUCUCCCUCAGAUAACAGAAAACAGGGUACCUGAGCUGAAUAGAUUGUUAAGGGAAACGAGGGAUUUGUACGCUGCGCAGAGUGCGAGCUCACCCCUGGCGGAGCUGAGAGAGCAGGUCAGGGAACAGAGAGUGAUGGCAGCAGAGUACAAGGGUAGGAUAGAAAGACUGAGGAAUGAGAUCCGAGCUGUUAGGAGGUUAGUGCACUCACUAGGACAAGCUGUAGCCACGUGUGGUGACUAGGUGUUGUACGAUAUGCCGUAUGUGAAUGUCAAGUAUUGUAGGGUGUUGUACGAUAUGCCGUAUGUGAAUGUCAAGUAUUGUAGGGUGUUUAAGGUGUUGUACGAUAUGCCGUAUGUGAAUGUCAAGUAUUGUAGGGUGUUUAAGGUGUUGUAGGUUGUACCAU